AUGGGAUUGAAAACUGUCACAACUAAAUCAAGAAGACACUUAGAGUGUUUUUUAUUCACCUUUUUACUCCUCUUGGAGUAUGUGGUUAUUCUGGUGGGAGGAUUCGCACUCAAGAACUGCCAUGUCAGCAGGAACUCGGCGGUGUGUCAAAAAGAAAAACUCACUGCUGUUCCCCAAGACAUUCCCCAAACCGUCACCAGUUUUGAUUUAUCUGGAAACAAGCUUUCAAGCAUCAGACGGUGGGAUUUCUUUCAUGUACCUCACCUGAUCCAGCUGGACCUCAACAACAACCACAUUCAACAGGUAGACAGUUUUUCUUUCUCUAACUUGAACUCCCUCCAGAAGUUAAACUUAAACAACAACAAGCUUUCUAAGCUGGACACAAACCUCUUUAAUGGACUGAGGAACCUGACUGAACUGAGAAUCUCUCAUAAUGAGAUAAAAACUGUGUCUUCUGGCUCCUUCAAGUCUCUUACAAAUGCAAAUGUGAUCCUGCAGCAGCUGCCACAGCUGCAAGAGCUCAUCAUUAAACAGAACAAUCUGAUGUGUUUCUAUUCAUGGGAGCUAACAAACACAUCUGUCCAACUUCAUGCUCUGGAUAUAACUCUAAAUCCCUUUCAGGACUUCAAGGUCACUGCAGAUGUUUUCCCAAAUCUCCUUCGUUUCAGCAUCGGAUUUAACAUGAGUAAACCAUUAAAGUGGGACCUGAAGAAGACGGCUCUGCCACGAGUUUCCUCUCUGGACAUCAGCCAGCUCCACCUGACUCUCAGUGACAUGAAUUCCUUGUUUCAAGCUGUGAACCGGACACUGACCGUACUGAGGAUGAAUGCCAUGAAACAGAACCCAAACGCACUCAUCAACCUGUCAUGCUCCAUCCCAACCAUGUCUACGCUGCAGUUCCGACGAAACAAGUUGAAACGGAUCGAAGCCAGACUUUUAGAGCUGUGCACCAAUGUGACCGAGCUGGAUUUAGCAGACAAUGACAUUCAGUUUGUUUCAGAGGAUGCCUUCAAGGGCCUUCCAUGUCUGAAGACCUUGACUUUAAGUCAGAAUAAACUCUCCUCAGUUCCUUCUGCCAUCUGGAAUCUUCCAGGACUGUACAAGCUGGAUCUGAAGAUGAACAGGAUCAACACACUCCGAUGUCAAGAUUUCACCAAUCAGACAGAGCUCAGAAUUCUCUACCUCCAAAACAACUUCCUCUCAAAUCUGACAGAUUGUGUUUUUCAGGAUUUGGUUCGACUCAAACUUCUGAAACUGCAGAGCAAUAAAAUAGUCAAAUUAAACAAUGCUUUCAAACAACACCUGACAAAUCUGAGAGUCCUGUAUUUGAAUAACAAUCAUCUCACUGUGAUUGGAAAAGAAGAGUUCAAAGGUUUGCAUUCGCUUCAGAACUUAUCCUUGCAGGAAAAUCAUUUAGGGAACUUGAAUGAGGAGAGUUUUUCUGGAUUAACAAAUCUUACCCACAUGCUGAUAAUGAACAACAACAUUCAAAAGAAGGAUCUGGACUCUGGUGCUUUCAAUGCUCUAGUCAACCUAAAACUAUUGGGUUUAAGUAACAACCAUGUCCAGUACAAGAGUGAAAGUCGGUGUAAAGCCCCUUUCUCCCACCUGUCCUACCUGGAAGAGCUCUGGUUCUCUGAUCAGCGCUAUCACAGAAAGUCAUAUUUGCCUGUCAACUUCCUGCAGGGUUUGACAAACCUCCUGCACUUUGAUGCCAGGAGCACUCAGCUGGUCUCCCUGCACAAAGACACAUUCAACCAUACACCAAAGAUGGAAAAGCUUUUGAUCAGCUCCAAUGAUCUCCAAGCCCUCUCAGCAGAACUGUUUGCUCCAAUUCCAAACCUUAAGAGUCUCUACAUAUCCAGGACACAACUGCCCUCUCUGGAUUUCUUUAGAAAUGCCAACCUGAAGAAGCUGGAAUUCCUCCAGGCGAGAAAAAACCAGUACUCUGACAUCACCAAAGACGUGAUCUUGUCUCUGCCUGCACUGCGUUAUGUGGAUCUUCAGGGGAACACCUUCACCUGUGACUGCAACAACGCCGACUUCCUCCAGUGGAUCACAACCAGCAAUCAGACUCAGUUCUAUGAUGCUUAUAACUUUCUGUGCAGGAAUCCUCCAAGCUUUAAAAAUAAGAAGCUUCUUCACUUUGACCCGGCGUCCUGCAUGGUGGACACAGGUUUCAUCUGCUUUGUGUCAACCACAUGUUCCAUUGUCUGUCUCAUGGUGGCAUCCUUCAUUUUCCAUUUCAUGAGGUGGCAGCUGGUCUAUUCCUAUUACCUCUUUUUAGCUUGGGUUUAUGACUCAAAACAUAGAAACAAACAAUCGGCUGACCAGUACGACGCUUUCAUCUCCUACAACAACCACGACGAGCCCUGGGUGAUGGACGAACUGCUGCCAAAACUUGAGGGAGAGCAGGGAUGGAGGCUGUGUCUACACCAUCGAGACUUUGAACCAGGCAGACCGAUAUUAGACAACGUCACUGAUGCCAUCUAUGGAAGCAGGAAGACCAUCUGCAUCAUCAGCCGCAGAUACCUGGAGAGUGAGUGGUGCUCUAGAGAGAUUCAGGCAGCCAGCUUUCGUCUCUUUGACGACCAGAAGGAUGUUCUGAUCUUGGUCUUCCUGGAGGACAUUCCGCUCAAUCUGCUUUCUCCGUACCAUCGCAUGAGGAAGCUGCUGAAGAGGCAGACCUACCUGAGCUGGGCUCGAGCCCCAAACCCACAGGUGUUCUGGGAGAAGCUGAGGCGUGCAUUGCAAAGCGGAGAUGACCUGGAUGAAGACCGGUUCUGUCCGAGCUUGUUACAGAUACCCUGAUGGAGGGUUGAGGCCAUCGUUGUAAGUCUGUAUGUAGUUUGAGAAGUUUUCUUGUAAAAAAAAAAAA